CAGGUGUGAGACAGUUUUCAGUUCCCAUUCAGCAUCUUUGUUCUCGUCUAGUGGCAGUAGGACAUCGGCCAUGACUUCUACCAUGAUUUCUGCUCUGAUGGCUUGGGUUUGUAUCUGUUUAACACUAGCCCGGCUCAACAACGCAGGAGGUCACCGAGACGCACACGGAAGGUUGGCCGGCCAGGGCGAGCUUUCUGACGGCAACAAGCAGCAGUUUGAGGCGGGUCCAGAAGACGCGGCCGACCGAAGCACCCCAGCGCCGGUUUGGCGUUUCCUCCAAGGGACUGGAAAAACUCCUGAAAUAUCGAACUUCAACCAGCCACAGUUCCGCUGCAGUAAUGGAACACUUACCCUGCGGUUUUCACCCACCCGAUACACCAAUCUGAAUCUGGAAGAUGGGACUCCGUUGUUGUCGCUGCCUGACAGGUGUCAUGGUUCCAUUCAUGUCUCUAGGCAGUAUCUGCUGGUGAAGCUUCCUUAUACUGGCUGCUACACCGCAACACAGGCUGAAGAGGGCAAAUACCAAUUUCAACUGCAUUAUUUUGACAACCUGCUGCAGAAGAACAUGGUAGGCAUGGCUGUCUGUGAGAAUCCAGGAAUGUCCCCACUGGUGACUUGUGGAACAACAAGUAUCACUGUGAAGCUGCCUCGUGACACAAAACUAAAGGAGGUUAAAGAGCUUGAUUAUUUCGUAAAUGAAGCCUACUCUGUGAGACAACAGAAGACCCCCAAUGAUUUGUUUGUUGAAAUAUCAAAGUUGCCAGACCAGGAUUCUGGAUUUGAAAUAGUUUAUUUGGAUUCUACUGGGAAACUCUGCACAAAGCUGGCAAUUUGUUACCAAGAAAAGUUGAGCAAUCGUGUCAAGAGGGCACUAGAGGACCCAGACUUUGAAGAGACUCCUGUUGAACAAUUUGAUCUGGUGCACUCGAGGAAGGACACUGGCAUGAGGAAGGACACUCAAUUGAUACAAUUGAUGGAAACCGCAACUGAAGUGAACUCAGAAACUGUUGGGGAAGGUGAUAGUAAAGAAUUGUUUGAAUUGUGGGGAAUUGAAGACAUUCCUGACGAGGUAUACGAUGAGAUUACUACCCCGACCGCCCCCACGAUCACAACCACCAACUCAACAAAGACCACAGUUGCCUCUGCCACAAGUUGUCCAUAGUUUGCAGCUGAAUGUUAUGUUGAAAUAAAAUAUUGAAUACCCAA